AUGAGCAGGUGAGUAUUUUAUGUCAUGUACACGUAAGUUGAAUUACAUGAGCAAAUAAUUUAUAUAUAACGAUUAACGGAAACUUACAGAAUUUGGAUAGUAUAACUUCUAAUUUUAAUAUUUAUUUAAUAUUUGCCAUGACUUAUCGCGUGUGCAUGGGUAACUUUACACUGCAAUUGUAGAUCCUUUUUAACAACUCCGUCAGGGCUUAUUUUAUAUUUCGGGGAGUCCCUAACAAAAAAGUCUAUAGGCCUGGCAUAUAUAGACCAACUAUAUAGGUUCCUGUAGGGAACCUAUAUAGGUUUUUAUACGCAUUUGGAACAUUUUUUAUAUAAGGUGACAUAUAGGGAUGCCUAUAAAAUAAGCCUAUAUAGAGCUCUAUAGGCCACCUAUAGAUCUAAGGGGUUUAUAGGGCUGAAUAGGAGCUUGUUGGGGGAAGGGUUAAUAGCGAGGGGUUUAUUCAUUUUGCUGACGUGCAACUGCAAGGUAUGAAAUGGUAUAUGGUAAGAUAUUGAAACUGUUUAUAGUAGUUUUGUAAUCAUCAAAUUCGUGAUUCAAUUUGGUCAAAACUAUGCGGGAUGACGAUUCCGGUUCGCCACAAAUUAACGCUCUCUGAUUUGAUGGAAAUUUUCAGUCAGCCAAUCAGAGAGCAUUAUUGAAAUUUUAAGAAAUUUCCAGCGAAUCAGAGAGCUUUAUUUUAACACUUCAACCCUUAACUUCGUUUUAAUGUGAUGAGAAAAAAAACACAAUGUAGAAGUGUUAAAUUUAUGUCUUACCAUAGUGAGUUAGUUUUAAAUUAAUUAUGUACGAGUUUUUUGUCAUUUAAUUUUUGUAUACAUUUAAUUUUCUUGCCAACCCUGGGGAUAUAUUAUACAUAAUGAUGCAAUGGUAUACACUGUGUUGCAUGUAUUUUAUGUAACCUAUUGGUCGAGUUGCUUAUAUUUGUCAUGAACUUCUUUUUGGCUUGGGAGAAACGACGUAAACUAUUUUUUCUUUUUUUUUUCAUGUUUCGCAGGAAGAUAACCUUGGAAUCUGGCAGUGAAGUGAAAAACGUCGAGGACACUGGUGAUUGCGAUCCAAAAAGUUAUGACUCGUGGAAACAGUAUUAUGUAGGUGAAAGUGAGUGUGAAUGGCCAGAACAUUGUCGCAUCAUUCGUUGUAUGGAGAAGGCUGAACAUGGAGCCCACGUAAAGUGUAAAGGGAAACGUGGUGUGUGGAUACUACCCAUGUGUCCCACUCACAACAACCCUUAUAAUGAAGAGUGGAUGACUGCUAAUGCAGGCACUACUGUAGUGGAAGUUAAGAAGAUAGACUCAAUCUGCGGCUAG